AUGAGGAUCGCCGCGUGUCGUUUCUUGCAAAGCUCCCGCCAAAUUCUCGGCAGCCUAAGAAUGUCGUCCGCCAAAGUCUUAGUUCGAGAUAACAUUAACCCUCAAGUGAUUACUAUGCAAUAUGCCGUUCGAGGGCCUAUUGUCAUACGAGCAGUGGAACUAGAGAAGGAGUUGGAGCGGGGCGCGAAAAAGCCAUUCACAAACGUAAUCAAGGCCAACAUAGGAGACGCGCAUGCCAUGGGCCAAAGCCCACUCACUUUCAAUAGGCAGUUGAUCGCUUGUCUUGCGAAUCCUUCGCUGAUGGAAACUGCGAACUUCCCUUCUGAUGUAGUUGAACAUGCAAAGGCUCUGAUUUGCUGCUGCGGAGGAAAAAGCUGUGGCUCCUACAGUCAGAGCACAGGGAUUGACAUAAUCCGAAAGCAUGUGGCAGAGUUCAUCGCGAAACGUGAUGGGGUCCCUUGCGAUUAUGAAAAUGUUAUUCUCUCUGGUGGAGCUUCCGAAUCUAUUCGUAAUGUUCUCAAGUUGUUUAUCAAACGUGGUGCAGAGAAACAAACCGGUAUUAUGAUCCCUAUUCCACAAUAUCCACUCUAUUCUGCAUCAGUCGAAGAGUAUGGACUUGGCCAGGUACUAUCACAUGAAAACAUUGAAACCAUUAUCAAGUUUGCACAUCGACAUAAUCUUUUCCUUAUGGCUGAUGAAGUGUAUCAGGAUAACGUUUAUGCAGAAGGAUCGAAAUUCCAUUCUUUCAAGAAGGUUAUCAACGAAAUGGGUGCGCCAUACAACAAGAUGGAAUUGGCGUCGUUCCACUCGGUAUCCAAGGGAUAUAUGGGUGAAUGUGGAAUGAGAGGUGGUUACGUUGAGUUUUUCAACUUGGAUCCUGAAGUAUAUGUGCUGUUCAAAAAGAUGAUAUCCGCGAAAUUGUGCUCCAGUAUUCUUGGUCAAGUUAUGAUGGAUGCUCUUGUAAAUCCACCCAAGCCAGGAGAGCCAUCGUAUGAUCUAUGGUUGAAGGAAAAGACUGCAGUUCUCAAUUCACUGAAGGAAAGGGCUAAAUUAGUGAAAGAGGCCUAUGGAAGCAUUGACGGUAUUCUUUGCAAUGAGGUCCAGGGAGCUAUGUAUGCUUUCCCACAAUUACUGUUACCUCCUCGAGCUAUUGAGAAAGCUAGGUCUCUGAAUAUGGAACCCGAUUUCUUCUAUGCGAUGCAGUUGUUAGAAGCGACUGGUGUGUGCAUUGUACCUGGUAGUGGAUUUGGCCAAAAGGAAGGGACAUACCACUUCCGAACAACAAUUCUUCCCCAAACGGCUCUUGAAUGA